CCUGCAGCCACAGGGGUCCCCCAGGACCGAGGUUGGGAAACACUGCCCCAAGCUAUUAUAUUUGAGAUGGUCUCACUACAGUGUCUUACCACUAGGAGUCCAAUGCGAGAAAGACUGCAGCGGUUCAUUAAAUAUCGAGUCUACGGAAACGCAAAAGCUGCAUUCAGCAGUUGCACUGAUUUCCGAAUUUAUAUUUUUUGUAUAACAAAUAUCCGAAGACCUGAAACUAAAGACAAACCCCCUAACAACGGCAUUUUCGUUUUUUAUUUAAUCAACCUAACAUUGUAAGAACGUUCGCCACUGGCUCUUUUACCAAGAAUCACGCGCGUACCACGUGGUGUUCGUUCGCGCUAUUUAAACCUCCUCCAGCUGUUGUGCCGUAGUUUGUGUUUGUAGACUGAGAUGAGCGAAGUUGUAAUAAUGAACGGCGCUACGGCUAGGGUGCAACAGUUUUUGACUCCUCGGGAUGACGGGUGGAGAUGCUCUAUGAUGAGUCCAUACCAGCGCCUUGCUUGCCAGAUGCAAGACAUUAGUGGUGAUGGUGGGGUCUUGAAAAAGCUUCUAAAAGAUGGCACAGGGGAGAUGGUUCCAAGAAAUGCAUCUGUGUCGGUUUUAUUCUCAGGGUUUUUGGAGUACUCUGAUCAGCCUUUCACUACUAACGUUAAUAUGAAGAAACCCAGAAUGAUGAAGCUUGGAGAAGAUAUCACAUUAUUGGGUUUACAGAUUGCCCUGCUAUCCAUGAAGCAGGGUGAAUUUUCCCGUUUCCUGUUCCAUCCUAAGUAUGCAUAUGGAGAACUAGGAUGUCCACCAGUUAUUCCCCCCAGUGCCACUCUGCUUUUUGAGGUCCACCUGCUAGAAUUCCUGGACUCUGCAGAGGUUGAUGAAUUUUUUGACCUGAGCCAGGAUGAACAGCAGAAUGUACCCUUCAGCAAGAUGCUAAAAGUGAUAGAUGUGCAACGAUUAUUUGGAAAUAAUCUCUUCAAGAACAAGAAUUAUGAAGAUGCCAAGUAUAGAUACAAGCAGGCUGUUACUGUUUUAAUGGACCAUAAGAUUUGCUGUGAAUUGGAGAGGCAUAAAGCUGACAGGCGGAAGCUUCUCCUGUUUUUGAACUUAUCAGUUACUUACCUGCGAUUAAUUUGCCCUGCCAAAGCAUUGCAUUAUGGAAAAAUGGCUUUAACUAUUGACGCCCACAAUGCCAAGGCACUCUUCCGUUGUGGCCAGGCUUCCUUGGAUUUGGGAGACAUUGAGAGUGCCAAAAACUUCCUCUUAAUGGCACAGACGGAAAAACCCUUUGAUCCAGAUAUUAAUGCACUUCUGAAAAAUGUGGUCAGCUGUUACAGAGAAUAUGCUGAGAAGGAGAAGGAGAUGUGUGUGAGGAUGUUUCCCAAGUAGAGCAUAUUUUUGAUAUGGGGCGAGAAGAUCUCAUCCUUCAUCCCAAGUUUCUUGUUUGGCUUAUUAGCUUAUUGUUGAAUAUUGCUUAUUACGUAUGUGAAGUAAGCUGUAUACUUUAGUUUUCUUAUUUGUAUUUUUGAACAUUAAUCAAUAUUUAAAGCAAAUUCUUGUUAAUUGUCUAAAUCUUGGUUUGGAAUUCUUCAGAAGCAGUCAGUGCUGAUUAUAACACAAUAAUUAAUUAAUGCAUCAGUAAUCUGCAUUUUCUUCAUCUGAAGAGUAAGUUUUUUGCAAAGAAAGCAAACAGAGGUGUGAGUGGGGAACAAGGAGUGAAAAAAACAUUCAACCUUUGCAUAACCUUUCCUUGUCAUCUUCAGAAGGACAAGAUACUCUCCUUUAUCAUCUUGCAGGCAAAUGUGUGCUUAGAUUAGACCUUUUUUCCCCUCUAAUCAUAAUAUAUUAAAUGUAAGUUUCAUUUACUUGACUGUUGUUGUCUGUUCAGAAUUUGUUACUCUGUAUUGUAAAAAAAAAAUAAAUAAAUUUGAGUU